AAUAAUAGCUUUUAUUUCCCACAUGAGUAUAAUGGAGAGCUGCUGUUUUUGUAAUCAGUGCAAUGAAACCAAAUAACCAGAUGUAAUAACAAGUAUCAAAUACCAAGACAAUUUCUAUUUUUCUCACUCAAAACACCCAAGAUGUCGUCAGUUAUUUAGUGUUACUCAUUACAGGACAACAUGAAUAAACAGGAAGUCAGGAGGAUGUGUAUGCAAUCUUUAUAUUGGGCAAAGAGGAAAUGUGUCAGGGUGUUCUGUGAACAAACUCAAGGCACUGAGAGGUGCGUUCCCUAACUUCAGGCAGAGGAGAUGGCAGUUAGCAUGGAGGCGCUGGACUGGUACGAGGAGCUCAACUUCUCGGAGCACAGCAACAUCAGCAUCGAUGGGCUGAACGUGGAUGCCUUCAGUUGCCGCACGAAACCAAUCCCCGUGCUGGCCGACGUCUUCAUCUGCGCGUUCUAUGCGCUGGUGUUCCUGCUCGCCAUCCCCGGAAACCUGCUGGUGGGGCUGGUGGUGGGCUCCAGCAAGCAGCGUCUCUCCCCGUCCGAUCUGUACCUCUUCCACCUGGCCGUGGCCGACCUCUUGCUGGCCCUGAGUCUCCCUCUGUGGGCCGCCUCAGUGCUCCGCGGCUGGCUUUUCGGCGGGCCGGUCUGCAAGAUGGCCAGCAUGCUCCUGGAGGUCAACUUCUACACCAGCAUCCUGUUCCUGGUCUGCAUCAGUGUGGACCGCUACCUGGCCGUGGUGCGGGCGGGAGACGCGGCAAGUGCCAGUUGGCGGGGGCCCGGGAGCCAGCCGCGGAGCUUCGGCGUGUGCGCCGCCGUCUGGGCGUUCGGGGUCCUGCUCUCGCUGCCCGCGGCCCUCCACAACGAGGUCUUCCAAGUCGCGGGGAAGGAGAUGUGUAGCGAGCGCUUCAAGAUGGACGGCACCGCAGACUGGCGUCUGGCGACGCUCAUCCUCCGUCACCUGCUGGGCUUGCUGUUGCCCCUGGGGGCCAUGCUGGUGUGUUACGGCGCCACUGUGCUGCGGCUCCUGCGCACGCGCGGCCUGCAGAAGCUGCGCGCCAUGCGCGUCAUCGCCGCCGUGAUGGCCGCCUUCCUGCUCUGCCUGUGCCCGUACCACCUGACGACGGCCGUGGACACGCUGAUGCGGGCGCGCCUGCUGGAGUUCAGCUGCGCCAGGCGGCAGGCUGUGGACCAGGCCGUGAACAUCACCCAGAUGCUGGCGCUCUUGCACUGCUGCAUCAACCCCGUGCUCUAUGCCUUCGUCGGGGUCAAGUUCCGCAGCAACCUCCAGCGCCUGCUGAAGAAGGGGAGGAAAAGGGGGGACAGGCCUGGGACGACACGUCUCUUCAGCAGGUCCAUCUCCAACAUAUCCACGGAUGGAAGUGUGUCACUCCUGUGAUGGACAGGGGAAAACACCAUGGGCCACACUGUUCAGGGUAAAGCACUUAUAUUGCAAAUGGUUUAAUGUUGUGUAUUAUUUUGAAUUUAUCUGAAAGUUUUAUCAUACAUUGAUGUUUUUCUAGUGCCAUACACCAGCUGCGUGUGUGAACUGAUUAGAUACAAAGUUGACGUGUUGAGAGACUACAUUUAGUGAUGAUGUUGAUAUGUGCUUGAAUGAUCCAUUUUUUAAAUGAAAUAAACAGAAAGUUCCUGGCCCUAUGGUUAAGAUAGGGUUUUACCGCCACCUAGUGGUUGAACCUAUUUUAGUGGCUUAGCUCUUUCUGUUGUGACACCAGUAUGGAGAGCAAAACUUUCUGUGAUGUCUUAAUAGCUCUAAAUGUUAUUAAACUAUUAAAAACCUUCUACUACUACUACUACUACUACUACUACUGAUUCUUGACGCUUCAAAGAUAGAAGCAUGAAACAUUGAAAUGCUUCAGAUAAAAUGUUUAACAAAUAAUGUUCUGUUUUUGCUGUACAGGCACAACAAAUAAAAAUUGCUCCAUAUUAAGAAACUGGCUGACUUAUUGAGAGAAACUUUUUCUUUCAUAAAACUUUAACCAAACGACAGACUUUCAUUACACAAGCUCUGAUUUUCCUGCACCUGUAUGAAAAAGGGAAGCCCUGUUACAGGAAGUGAUUUCUCCACUUGUGAUGAUGCACUCGUGACUUUGAGACAGUUCCUCAAUCACUUAUAUCUCCCAGUCGAAUCACUUCUCUCAGUGUCCUUUUAGAUGACCUGAUAAUGUAAUACAUAACCUCUUCUUACAGUAACCUUCCAUGAUCGGCUCAACCGCUUCAAAAGAAAAAUAACUUCACAGUAUGCAGUAUGCAGUAUGUGC